CCCUUGUCUCACACAUCUUUCUCCUUCUUCUUCACAACAAACUAAUCCUCAAACCAGUCUUAAAGUUCGUCUUCCUCAAUCUGUGAUUUUUAGGGUUUUGUUUUCUUCUUUUUCUUCCUUAAUCUCUCAAUUGCUUAGACUCUUCCUUAUCUGCCAACACGUUACACGCAAAAAAGAACGAUUUUUUUCAUUCUUCUUGUAGAUGCAUAGAGAUAUGUAUUCUUCAAGAGGAAGUGGCUACGGACAGCAGCAAUACGGCUCGCAGUCUGGUUAUGCUCAGAAUCUUGGAUCUGGUUAUCCUGGAAAUUCAGUCAGUGGUGCAGAAGGAGGCUCUCAGAUUUCUUUGAGUAGUUCUCGCCAUCCUUCGAUUACAGGUGCUCCUCAAGAGACUGACAUUGGUGGAUACAGAUCUCAUUUAUCUACAGCUGCUGGUCAUUAUGGGACGCAGUAUGGCUCUACCUAUGGAUCAACUUCCCUUAGCAGCUCUCAGCCUUUAAGCACCAAUGGAUUAGGUUCUUCUGUCUUGGACAGCCGCUCUGGAUAUGUUCCUACUUUACCAGAUUCACCAAAAUUUGCAUCUGGAAGCUAUUUGUCUCCUUCCAGUCAUGUUUACGGUCAAAAGGCGGACGAUUUGUAUUCUGAUAAGCUGUCUGGUUACAUUCCGGUUGACAGAAGGUCGUAUGGUGAACGGUCUAGCGCUUAUAUCGGUAGGGAGUUGCAAAAUGAACCAACUAGUCGAUAUCCUGAUUCAUCUAGUUUUGGUCGUCAGACUGACUUGUAUGAUCGCAUUGAUCAAGCAUCGCUCCUCCGAGGAGAACAAUUAUUAAAAAUUCAGUCGCUCCAUACCUCUUCUGUUGAUGGAGGUGUCAGACAACCCGAUUAUCUUACAGAACGAAGUUCUACUGUACGCCAUUCUGAACAAGAAGCUAUGCAUUAUGGAGGAAGGCUUGAGUCUGAUCCUCACGGUUUAUCAGUACGCAGCACAUCUUCUUAUGCCAGCCAACAUACCCCAUCGUUAUUAGGAGCUGUUCCUCGGAGAAACUUAGAUGACUAUAAUUAUCCGGAGAGUUCUUCAAAUCCUGGUUAUGGCGUUAGCUUACCUCCAGGCAGGGAUUAUGGUACUGGGAAAGGUAUCCAUAGUGCAGCGUCUCUCGACUUGGACUACCCUGGUGGCAUACUGGCUCGUGGUGGUGGUGGUCCUCGUGUUGAUGAUCUCCGGAAAGAUGACCGCGCGAGUUAUCUCAGGGAGUUUGAACUAAGGGAAGAAGAGCGUCGUCGCGAGAAUCUGCGCUCCAGAGAUAAGGAGCGAGAACGAGAGAGGGAACGCGAACGUGAAAGAGAACGAGAGCGCCAGAGGGAACGAGAAAGGCAAAGAGCUAGGGACCGGGAAAGGGAGCGACGGGAGAAGGAUAGAGAAGCGGAAAGAGAACGUGAGCGAAAACGUGCUCUCGAAAUAAAACGAGAUCGGACUCCAACAGCAAGAGCUACGUCCAAGGACACCAAGGAGAGGACUCCAGUGCCUAAAUCUAUUUCUAGGGAUGCACGUAGUUCCUCUUUGCGACGGGAUGCACAACUUCGUGAAGCAUCAAUUAGGCGAACUUCACCUAUUAAGCCAAUAAGGAGAGAUUAUGUCUGCAAGGUUUUAUCCUCGCGAUUGGUUGACAUGGAGAGAGAUUACAUGACAUUAGAUAAAAGAUAUCCCAGGCUUUUUGUGCCUUCUGAGUUUUCCAAGGUUGUAGUGAACUGGCCGAAACACAAGCUUACACUUUCUAUGCAUACUGCUGUGAGUUUUGAGCAUGAUUUCACUGAAGAUGGUGGAGCUGAUGUGAAAAGUACUUCCACGAAGCCUUUAGCUUUGAAAACUGGAGGAAAAACUGUUUGGAAUGCCAAGAUGGUUUUGAUGAGCGGGCUGAGCAGAACUGCCCUGGAAGAUCUUUCUUCAGAAAAAAUAUUCGAGGACCGUAUACCUCAUGUGUGCAACAUAUUAAAGUUCGCUGUUCUUAAAAAAGAUCAUUCAUUCAUGGCGAUUGGUGGUUCCUGGGAUCCCACUGAUGGUAUGGACCCAUCAGUUGAUCAGUCUUCCUUAACUAAGACAAUGCUAAGACACACAAAGGAUAAACUUAAUCUUGAUCUGAGCAACUGCCGUCACUGGAAUCCAUUUCUCGAGAUACAUUAUGACAGAGUUGGGUCAGAUGGAGUUUUUAGCCACAAAGAGAUCACUGUACUAUUUGUCCCUGAUUUAUCAGAAUGUCUUCCUUCAUUUGAUGCUUGGAGAACCCAAUGGUUGGCACACAGGAAAGCUCUCGCUGAGAGAGAUCUACUACUCUCUCAGGAGGGUAAGAAAAAUGCCAUCGCGGGAAAGGGCAGCAAUAAUAAUGUUGAAGUAACCAAGGAUGCAGAGAAAAAGUCUCCAGGAGAUGCUUCCGGCGCUCAGACAACCGGAACUAAGAAGACCGUAAAGAAGAUCAUUAAAAGAGUUGUUAAAAGGCCUGUUAAUGAUGGAAAAGCAACUGGAAAAAAAGGUGAGAAGUCGGAUGAGAAGGAUGUUCCUGAAAAUGUUGCCAUAUCGGAGACCACAGUCCCAAAAGAAGAAUCCACUGGUACAUCUUCUAACAAGAAAAUAGUGAAAAAGGUAGUAGUGAGACCCACACAAGGUCAAGAGAAGGGCUCAGAAAUUGUGACGGGAGCUGAAACUGGAGAUACUUCAGAUCCCAGUGCUAAGGCUAAUGAGCAGACUCCUUCAAAGACAAUUGUAAAGAAAAAAAUUAUUAAAAGGGUGGCUAAAAGGAAGGUUGCUGAAGUUGAAGAUAGUAUGGGCAGUGACUCGAAGAAAGAGGGUGAUAGUGAUGAGAAGAAGGUAGUGGAUGCGGGCAAGAAAACCCCUGAUUCAGAUAGUAUGGAGAUGAAACUGACGGCUGAAUCUUUAGAAGAAGUAAAAGAAAAGAACGCCUCCACUGCUGUGGAAAUAAGACAGAAUACAGGAUCUCCGGAUACUGAGAAAAAGGAGGGUUCCUCUAGUUCUAGUAAGAAAUACACUAAGCCAGUUGAAGACAAGAAGGGUGAAAAGAAAAACAACUCAGAGGCUCAAUCUGAGGGGAAGAAUAUUGAGAGGAAUAGUUCUGACGAGAAAAAGGUAAAAGAAAAGGUUACUGAGAAAGAGAUUAAAGAGAGAGGUGGAAAAGAUGAGUCCAGGAUACAAAUGAAGGAGAGGAAAAAGUCUGAGGAACCUCCUCGGCCUGGAUUUAUUUUGCAGACGAAACGGAACAAAGACUCCAAAUUGCGUUCACUUUCGGUCUCUUUGGAUUCGCUCUUGGAUUACACUGACAAGGACAUUGAUGAGUCAUCAUUCGAGCUUUCGUUGUUUGCGGAAUCACUGUUUGAGAUGCUGCAGUAUCAAAUGGGUUCCCGUAUAUUUGAAUUUCUCAAGAAACUACGUGUAAAUUUUGUGAGACAAAGAAAUCAACGGAAGAGGCACCAGGAGGAGUUGUCUGUCAAGCCAAACGAAGCAAAAUCUCAAAAUAAGCGUCAGAAGACAAUUGAACACAAAGACAACAACACCUCUGUUAUAACCAAAUCCGCUCCUGGGAAAGAUGAUAAAGAAAACUCAGGAAAGGAGAUCGUAGAUAGUCAGGAAAAUUCAGAUAAGGAAGCUGUAGCUAACACUGAAGAAACUUUGGGCAGUAAAGAAGUUACGGGGAAUGAAACUUCUAAUAGGGAAGUGGAUAACCAGGAUGAGGAAGAUGAGGAGGACCCAGAGGAAGAUCCCGAGGAGGAUCCUGAAGAAGACCCUGAAGAAGAUCCAGAAGAAUGCGAGGAAAUGGACGUUGAAAAUUCUGAGCAAGAAGACCCUGCUGAAGAGCCGAAGAAGAAAGAAGGAAAUCUUGAGAAUACUAUUGGCACUGUUGCCGAUUCUAUAACUGAAGUUGCAACUGAUAAAAAAGAAGAAAGAGGCCGGAUCGAUGAAAAAACUGAAAUCAAGACGAAGUCUGAAACUGAUAAGCACGGGAAGCAAGAUGGAGGAGCCUCUGAUGCACCAAAACGAGAGGAAGCAGUUGAUAAAGAGCUGUUACAGGCUUUCAGAUUCUUUGACCGUAACCAGGCAGGCUAUGUUAGGGUUGAAGAUAUGAGAAUGACCAUUCACAGCUUGGGAAAGUUUCUAUCUCACCGUGAUGUCAAGGAACUUGUGCAAAGCGCUUUGUUAGAGAGCAACACUGGAAGAGAUGAUCGAAUUUUAUACAACAAACUUGUUAGGUUGUCUCUAUAGAAGAAACAAAAUACUAAUAAUGUUCUCAUCUUGUGUCUCUGUCACUUCCUGAUAAAUGUUUUUCCCUAAUUAGUUUGUUUCUGAAUCCACCAAACACAUUUAAAUUGUUUUCAUUAAUAAUAAUAAUAUUGGAGACACAGGCAACUUUACAACUUUA